AUGAACGGAUUCCCCUCCGAGGACUUAGCCCGGGACAGUGGGGGAGAGGUCACCUCCCCGACAGCUGCCAUCCCCGCCGGGGCUCUGUGUCCUCUCAACGGGCAACUGUGCUGCCUGCGGGACGAGGGGGAGCGCUGCACCCGGCCUGCCGGCAAUGCCAGCUUCAGCAAGAGGAUCCAGAAGAGCAUCUCCCAGAAGAAAGUCAAGAUCGACCUGGACAAGACGGCAAGGCAUCUCUAUAUUUGUGACUUCCACAAGAAUUUAAUUCAGAGUGUAAGGAACAGACGGAAACGGAAGGGUAGUGAUGAUGACGAAGGGGACUCCCCAGUCCAUGACACGGAUACUCCGGAGGUGGACCUUUUCCAGUUGCAAGUAAACACAUUAAGAAGAUAUAAGAGGCAUUUCAAAUUGCAAGCAAGGCCUGGACUGAAUAAAGCACAGCUUGUUGAAAUCAUCGGAGGCCAUUUCAGAACACUCCCAGUGAAUGAAAAGGACACACUAACAUAUUUCAUCUGCUCGGUGAAGAAUGAAAAAAAAAAAACAAAGCAGAUCACAAAUCUGAUGGGGGACUCCACUAGUGAAAAUGGACAUUUUAUGGACAGUUUUGGGUUUGCUCAAGGCCUUGGAAUGGAAGGACAGUUGUAA